GCGUGCCGACGUCACCUGAAGGCGACGAGCAGGCUACUAGUGGCACAAGCUUGCAUACGUGACGAGUUGGAAAGCCAAACGUAGCAAUGUUUCGAAGAAAACUCACCGCCUUAGACUAUCACAGUCCGGGUGGAUUCGACUGUGCGGACGCGGGGUUCAAAUCCGGCCUCGACUGUGAGGGUGGGUUUCUCCGGUACUCCGGUUUCCUCCCACAUCUCAAAAACAUUCAUGAUGAGACCCAGUUCAGGAACUUUGUGGUGUGGCUGGAGGACCAGAAGAUUCGACACUACAAGAUUGAAGACCGAGGCAACCUGCGAAACAUCCCCAGCUCAGACUGGCCCAAAGCCUACCAGAAGUACCUACAGGACGUCAACUGUCCGUUUGGACCGUCUGAGAGAGCGGAGACUGUGGACUGGCUGCUGGGCCUGGCGGUGCGAUAUGAAUAUGGAGACAAUGUGGACAAGUACAGAAACUGUCAACCACUGGAAGCCUCCAGUGAAAGCAGGGCAACGUCGGACCCCCUCAUCAACCUCGACAGUGACUCACCGGAUUUCAAAGCAGGCGUGCUCGCCCUGGCCAACAUCCUCAAGAUACAGCGGCAUGACGAUUACCUGGUGAUGCUCAAGGCCAUUCGUAUCCUCAUCCAAGAAAGACUUUCACCAGAGGCCAUCGCUAAAACGAGCCAUAGCAGAGAGGGUGUCCCAGUAGCCUUAGACAAGCACAUCUUGGGUUUUGAUACAGGGGAUGCCACGCUGAAUGAAGCAGCUCAGAUCCUACGUUUGCUGCACAUCGAGGAGCUGAGGGAGCUUCAGACCAGGAUAAAUGAAGCCAUUGUAGCAGUCCAAGCCGUCAUUGCCGACCCAAAAACAGACUACAGGCUGGGCAAGGUCGGCAGAUGAGGGCCAUGUGGGAUUUCUCUAGGGACUGGAAUUAUUAUUUCAAAGCCUGUGGUUGACAUUUUUCUUCUGUGUGACACCUUUUUGUGCACAUUGCUAUCUUCCAUUUUACAAAGACUUGGUUUAAAAUUGAUACCUCCAUUUGUUUUGAUUUAGAAAAUGGCAGUUUUGACUGGUUAUCUUAUUGUUCCCCCUUCCCCCGUGUGCGCUUCCACAGAGCUUCAAAUUUAAAAAAUAAACAAAGUCCAGUACCAAAACACAUUUUAAUGUUAUAAAU